AUGGAGGAGAGAAAAGCCACGAAUAGCCAGAGCUCCUUGCUAGCUUCUGCUACCGAUGACGAAAUCAUCGUCUCCGGAGUCUUGCUCGAUCUCAGAUCGCUCGUCUCCCUACCCGAAUCUCUGGCGAAUUUCAAUUGGGGCCGCCGGAGGAGGAGAUCUUGCUUGGAUGAGGCUCCAUCUUUGCUCCCUGAGCCCUCGCAUCGUCCGGUGACCUUUCACGUAGCGGGACGCGAAAUCAAGGAGAUUAAGCUGCGAAUCGGUGCGGCGGAGGAGAAAAGCGGCGGCGGCGGCGGCGGCGCCACCGCCAGUCCCACCACGCCGCUGUCCUUCUCGCUCUCUGAAUCUGACGAUAAAUCCAAGUGCGAGAAGAUUUCGAAGAAAAUGAUGAGAAAUAAAUUCCCAAUAAAAGAAGAGCUCCGAAUGGAAACAAGUGGACGGGUUAGUUUCGGAGCGGAUUUAACCCGGGAUUAUCGGGUCAGCGUGCCGCCACAUCAUCGGCCGUACAUUCCCGAUCCGACGGCGCAGUUUCACUACACGGUUGGGCCAAUACAGGCCCGAGCCCACGCGUCCAAUGAUGGGCCCAGGUACGCAAAUCACGUGAGCCCACUUGAGAUCGAUCUGAAUUUCCCACCUGCAGAGGAUUUUGGGCUAGACUUAUCAGAUCCGUUGGAUGCGGGGCGGGCCGUAACUGACAAACGGGCCAGAUUUGCUGAGGCAAGGAGGAAAAGAAGAGGGUUAAUGAGAUCCAAGUCCAUGAGAAAUCGGCCCCCCACUUGCAAUUAUGAGCAUGAUUUCUUUCUGUAA